AUGAACAUUUCAGCAUCAGUUGCUGCUCAUAGAAGAAAAAUGCGGAAGACAAUUCUUGAUAAUAGGCGAACAAAGUCAAAUAAAAGAAGAAGUGCACCAAGUGGUAGAGGAUCCUCUAAAAUUGUUAACAAAUCUCAGUUAACCGACGAAGAAAAUUAUGAUCCUAAUCUUCCUUCGUCAUCUAAUAGUUUUCAGACAUUGCGUAACUUUACAUCUUUAACAACGUCAACGCCCUUAAGUGGCAUAACAACUGGUGCUAUUACUUUUAAUAACCAAUCAACCCAUACGCCUAGCAGUUCUCAGUUUUCUAUUGUUUCAAACAUUGUAACACAAAACAGUAACAACAUUCUUCGAUCUUCUUCUACGUUGACUAAGCUUAAAUCUGGUAAACAAAAGGUUUUACCUAAGAAACGUAUUAUCGAACCUAUUCCAAUGGUAGAUCUUACUUCUGAUGACGACAAUGAAAAUUUACAUUCCAUUGAAGACCCUUAUAAAGGUGUAUCCACAGAUUCUUCCGAUCCCAUUGAAAGUUUAAUUCGAUUUGUGUAUCCGUCGGUUUUAGAAAGAUAUAUGGAUCUAGAUUAUUUUUCUGAAAGAGCCAUUCUGACUCCGAAAAAUGAGGUCGUUCAUGAAAUAAAUGAUCGAUUGUUAGAGUUGUUUCCUGGUGAACCAGUAGAGUACCUAAGUUCUGAUACUAUAUGUGAAACUGAAAAAGGUAUUGAUUCCUUCCAACAAGAGUUGUAUUCACCUGAUGUUUUGAAUGGUUUAAAGAUAUCUGGUUUGCCAAAUCAUCGUCUGGUUCUAAAAGUUGGCGUUCCUAUUAUGCUUCUUAGGAACAUUGACCAACAGAAUGGAUUAUGUAAUGGUACAAGGUUAAAAGUUACAUAUCUUGGAAAGAGGGUUAUGGAAGGUGAAAUUAUAUCAGGUGCUAAUGUUGGAACUAGAACGUUCAUUCCAAGAAUUAGCAUGAUUCCAUCCGACAAAAAAAUACCUUUUGCUUUUCAAAGACGACAAUUUCCUGUUGCUGUGUGUUUUGCGAUGACAAUCAACAAGAGUCAAGGCCAGUCUUUGUCUAAGGUUGGUCUUUAUUUAAAAGAACCAGUUUUCACACAUGGCCAGUUAUAUGUGGCAUUAUCUAGAGUUAAAUCAAGACAAGGGGUGAAGAUAUUAAUUCUAGAUAAGGAUGGGAAACCUACUAAUACAACAACCAAUGUUGUUUAUAAAGAAGUGUUCACUCACCUUUGA